CGCCGCGCGGGCGCCCUUCUACCGCCGCUGGGACGCCGAGAUCCGCGCCGCCCCGUGGUUCCUCGCCGCCAUGGUCCUCAUGCUCGCCGCGCUGCUCUGCGAGGCCAUCUCCGUCCGGUUCGUCUCCAGCGUGCUCGGCCUCCGGUGGCAUAGAUCUACUGCUCCUCUUCCCGACACUGGUCAGUGGCUUCUUCUAGCACUAAACGAGAGGCUUCCUCAAACUGUGGUUUAUCUAUUGAGAGCCCACAUCAUCACUCUACAUAGUUACUUGAUGUUGUUUAUCAUGUUGGGAUUCUCGGCAUUUUUUGACUGCAUCAAAGGUCCUGGCCUUGGAAUAGGCACAAGGUAUAUGUUCGCUAUGGCGGUCGGGCGUUUUCUUCGGACCAUAACAUUUGUUUCUACUAUUCUUCCAUCUGCAAGGCCUUGGUGUGCUGCUGCUCGAUAUAAAAUACCUGACCAUCCUCAUGCUUGGGCACAGAAGUAUUAUGUUCCGUAUGCUUCUGAUCCGCGUGCAAUCCGCAGGAUCAUACUAGUGGAUAUGCCAUAUGCCAGUGUUCAAAAUUAUACUGAUCACUAUAGACCUGAUUGGGCACAUAUGAGCUUCCUAAUAGACAUAUUGAGGCCAUCUGCCGGAGAGGGCCCUUCAUGGUAUCAUUUGGUGAAUAAAGCCGGUGGUGGUUGCAAUGAUCUUAUAUAUAGUGGGCACAUGUUUGUUGUUGUCCUGACUGCUAUGGCAUGGACGGAAGCGUACGGGGGAUGGAUAUCAGGUGGGAUAUGGUUUCUAGUCCUGCACAGUGCCCAGAGGGAGAUACGGCAGCGUUACCAUUAUAGUGCCGACUGCAUUGUAGCAAUUUACGUUGGAAUCCUCUUGUGGCGGGUCACUGGGUUCAUCUGGUCCACCAGGGAUUCAGAUCAAGCUAGAAGACUCGCCAAACUCGAUGAGGUUCAGAACAGAUUAUUUCAUGCUGCAAAGGACUCGGACAUCGACGAAAUAAGGGGGCUGCUAAAUGAAGUUGAGAUGGCUGGACAGUCAAAGAGGACCUUCUCACAGGGUGUCAUCUUAUCCUUUGCUGCUUUUAUGAUUACAUUCACCCUCCUGUUUGUUCUCCUUGCAUUCUCACUUACUAGCAAUGGAUGAUUGAUUGGCAUCCUGACUUCCAUUUAUUUUUUGCCAGAAGUAUAUUUUAGUCA